GCUCUUUGGAAAUAGCAUACACAUAUACAGACCAUCUAUAUGGUAUACACAGAUGACAAAGGAAGCUCCUUCUAAUUCAUCAGGUCAUCAUGAGGAGCUCAUUAGAUGAGAUGCUACCCAUUAGAUGGAGGAUCUGCAUUUUGGGUGGACAGUGGACAGAAUAAAUCUUCAGCCCCUUUUUCCCCUCACCACCUGAUCCACUCAGCCUCUUCUAAACCAUUCAAACUCAGCACCAUGAAUGAAAACAAUGGAACCUUGACCAGAGGCUUUACCCUCAUGGGGCUCUUCACUCACGAUAAAGGCUCAGGAUUCUUUUUCAGUGUCAUUUGUGCCGUCUUCUUCAUGGCCAUGAUAGCUAAUGGGGUCAUGAUCUUCCUGAUUAACAUAGACCCUCAUCUCCACACCCCCAUGUACUUCCUCCUCAGCCACCUCUCCGUCAUUGACACAUUAUACAUCUCCACCAUUGUGCCCAAGAUGCUGGUAGAUUAUCUCAUGGGCGAGGGGACCAUCUCUUUCAUCGCCUGCACCGCUCAGUGCUUUCUCUACAUGGGCUUUAUGGGGGCUGAAUUCUUCCUGCUGGGGCUCAUGGCCUAUGACCGCUACGUGGCCAUCUGCAACCCACUGCGCUAUCCUGUCCUCAUCAGCUGGCGGGUCUGCUGGAUGAUCCUGGCCAGCUCUUGGUUCGGUGGGGCUUUGGACAGUUUUCUCCUCACCCCCAUUACCAUGAGUCUCCCGUUCUGUGCCUCUCACCAAAUCAAUCACUUUUUCUGUGAGGCACCCACCAUGCUGAGGCUGGCCUGUGGGGACAGAACCACCUAUGAAACAGUGAUGUACGUGUGCUGCGUUGCAAUGCUGCUGAUCCCCUUCUCGGUGGUGACUGCAUCCUACACCAGGAUUCUCAUCACAGUGCAUCAGAUGACAUCGGCUGAAGGGAGGAAGAAGGCCUUUGCCACCUGCUCUUCACACAUGAUGGUGGUGACAUUGUUCUAUGGGGCUGCCUUGUAUACCUAUAUGCUUCCCCAAUCUUACCACACCCCAAUCAAAGAUAAGGUCUUCUCUGCCUUUUAUACCAUCCUCACACCCUUAUUAAACCCUCUCAUCUACAGUCUGAGGAACAGGGAUGUGAUGGGUGCCUUGAAGAGAGUUGUGGCAAGAUGUUAGGGGACAUGUGGUGUGAUGAGGAAAGAAUUCUGAUGGUCUAAAACCUCCACAUCCUGUUCAGGCAUAUAUGGGGUCAUAUCAUGGAUACCACAGAUGAUGCUGACAGGAACUGCCAAUACCAGCUGUGCUAAAUGGUGUAUCAACAGUACCCCCAUCAAAAAUGGGAAGUUGCUGUAACAGUCACACACAAAUAAUGCCAGAGUUCUAGAAACACCACUCAUGUUUAUUCUUCUUUUGUUUCUACUGAUUCCAAGUCUUCUCUCAUAUCACUUCUCUGAUUGCAGUUUGUGUAUAUGAAUGCCCCAAAAUGUUGAGUUAAUAUUACAUAUUCUGCCCAUCUUCAAUGGCUCCAUAAGAACUGGUGAUUUUGACUAUAUUGUUUAAACAAUCCAUCAAUUGGCUUAUCAAAGGUUUAGGGAUGCCAAGGUUUGAAAGACAUAUGGAAGAGACUAAACUGUCAUAAAACUGUAAAAGAAAAAUCUCCAUAGACUUACACCAAGAUUUAGAAAAUCCAAAUAUCUCUUCUUUGAGUAACCACUGAAAAUACUCCUCCUUUGUCUACAUUUGGAGCUGAAAAAAAAUGAAUCAUGUGUUUUGUAGAAAUGCCAAGACUAAAUCUUUAUGGGGGAGGGAGUCUGUAAUGUUAUUUUUUUAAUAUGGUAACUAACUGUUACAUUGGAAGACACAGCAAAAGGUAGUUGAGAACGAAAUGCCCUAUUAACUAGCAGUUUCUGUAAUCACUUUACAGCUUCUUCUCCAAUUCACUAGCAUUUUUAGACUUUUGGGAUCCCUGUGCAGAUGUUAGUGUUGUUGGAGCUAUUUCUACCAACUUUUCUCUUUUAAAAAAGUAGUAGACAGCAUCAUAUUUUUCCUUCUCUAUAGCACUGGCUUUUGCAUUGGAUAGCAUUGCAAAGUGGGAAGGAAAUACCCAGCUUUUCAUGUGAAAAUUAGAACUGGAAACCCUUGUAAAUGACUUAGUGUCAUGAGCGGUGCAAGGUUAGAAAUAACCAGGACCACACAUGCUUGUGUCUUUCCACAAUGUCAGGAUUUUAUUGAUGCUGUUUCAAUCACAAAAGCCACCAUGAGCUACAUAGAGUUCCCAAGGGGGCAACUCUCCUUAAUACUUUUCAUUCACUUGGUAGUCAGUGCUGCGGGCACACAGACUCAAGCCACUCCACAAGUCAGUCAAUAUUGCAAACCAUACAUAAUAGUAUACUUAAUCAAUAUGUAAAUGUUAUAGGUUUAACAUUUCACAACAAACAAACUAACAUUUAACACAAGAAGGAAAAGGGAUAGGAGAAAGGAUCACAAACCAGUCCAGGGGGAGAGAAGAAGAGAAAAGCGGUCCUGGUCCAGGCCGGGUGGUCCAUCAGUCUUGCAAGAAAGAGUCUCUGAGGUGGCAGAGACUUCAGCAGCAGAUGUCAAGUUUUCAUCACCAGUGACUGCAAGAUGGUGUCAGUUAACAUGGCUAUUUCGAGCUGCUGAAGGCCUGCUCUUUUACGGUUACAGAGUCCUCCCAUGAGAACUGAUCAUGGAAGAGUGUGCUUGUUUGAGUCCUUAUCUGGUUGGAUACAGUCUUUUAUUUUUUAAUUUGUUUAGUAGACAACACAUCUUAUCCUUGUUGGAAAAGUGCUCUAUGAAAUAUAAAAUAAAGUCUUUUUCUAAGAUUGA